GAAUUAACCUCAAAAACUGUAAUAUUUGUUUUUGUUUUUCUUGCAAACAUUUAAAAUGAAAAUAAUCCCUUGUUUAUGAAAAAUACCUCAUAUAAAUAUUCACAUGUUCCAUUCACGUAAAGUAGUUUUAUAUGAUAUAUAAUUCUCACUACAUCCGUGAUAAUUCAAUGAUGUCCGACACAAUAGUUGAGCUUUUAUUCUUCGAUACAUUUGCACAUGAUAAUUCAGAGGAAAUAAAUUUGGAUUUAGUUCAAUUUCCGAAACCAGUUUACGUGACAGAAGUUCGCAUAAUUCCCCUGGGUGCUAGAGUUCAAGCAGAUUUCCCUGGAGGUGUCCGAUUAGGAGCCACAAAUCCUAGUCAAUUUCAGAUUGAGUUUUUUGUAAAUGAUUUAGGCAAACCCGGGGCCAGUACAUUUGAAACAUUGGGUGCAUUUGAGUAUGACCAGAAUGGCAAAAUCAAUUUGGAAUGCUCACCUGAUGAGACAGUCAGAAAAAUACCAACUGAUGGUUUAGUUUUAAGGGGUUUGUAUACUACUAUUACCCUAGCUGUUUAUGGAACCCUAACUAAUAAUAUAGCAGAACAAAUAAUCCAACCAGUAGUCAAUCCUACUAUACCGAAUCAGCCCAAUACUAUUGCCGAUGCUCAGCAAAUUAUAUCUACAGCUUCUGUAGAUCCUGAAUGGUCUCAGGACAACAUUCCGUCACAACCAUUAGAAUUCCCAAAUCCAUCAACUGCAAACUUUCAACAGUAUGCUCAGCCAGAACCAUAUCAGCAUCCAGAAUUUCCUGAAUACUAUAAUGAUGUACCUAAAGAUCCUAGAAGUUAUCAUCAUACACCUGAAACUGAUUGGGAUAAAGGAAGGAAUAGAGAGGGUGAUAGGGAUAGAAAUAGGGAUAUGUAUCAUGAGAGAGAACAUGAUAGAAGGGAUAGAAGAUAUUCUCAAUCAGAAAAUAGAGAUAGAGACAGACCAGUUAAAGAAUAUCGCGAUGUUAAUAGAGAUAAAGAUCCUUACGAAAGAGAACACGAGAGAAGUGAUUACAGGACUGACAGGGAUAGAAUUGAUCAUGAAUGGUCUGAGGCAGAUAGAGAUAGAGAAACUACACAUGAUAGGGACAGGGGAAGAGAUAGAAGACAUAAUGACAGUUACAGAAGAUCUGAAAGAUAUAGAGAGGAUAGGGAAGAUAGGAAAAGACCAAGGACACCUCCUAUGCAGAGCCCUAAAAAACCUCAUUCCCCACCUAAUGUAGAACUGGUUAAAGAAAUGUUGUCUCCAACAGGGCAUGCAGAACAUUCAUUACACGAUGAAGAAAGAGAAAAAGUGAAAAAAGAGGAAAAAACUGCCGAGGAUGUUGAUAUUUCUAAAGAUGCAAAAUCAUCUCCUAAUGAAGAAGUCACUCAAAUGGAUGUUGAAGAGUUUGAGCCAAUAUUAAGUGACGAAGAUAUAGUCGAUGAUGGUGAACAUUAUCAAGAAUCUGAGUAUGAUUAUACUGCAUACACCAACAAUGAUGAUAUCAUUAGACAAUUUGUUCCUGGUGUAACAGAACUACAAAAAUAUCCUAAAACAAAGAAAUAUCUUAUUAAAGAUAAUUCUCUUGAGAUAGAAGAAAAUCUAAAAACAACUAUCGGAAUUGCUGAUGAUUACCUAAAAUCCAGCAUUACCAAAUAUGUUUUGGACAACUUUAGUAGACACAAUCCAGAAAUUAAAGAAGAAUUUGUUCAUCUUUGUGAAAAAUUAAUCCCUACAAUUGGCGAAGCACCUUUUUUUGUGGAUAUAAUGAAGGUUCACAAUGCAGCGAGGUCUCUGAUAAGCCCGAAAAUGAGCGCUGAAGAUCGGGAACUAGCUAAUCAAACUAGUUUUAUUAUUGAAACUAUUACUGAUUGGCUAAAAAUUGCGUUAAAUUAUGAAAUGGCUAAUGCUCAAGAUCAGCCUGCUUAUAAGAUUAGACAUAUUAAAUGUGGUGUUAGAUUGGCUGAUUGGCUAUGCCGCAGUGACGAAUACAUCCAAUAUAUCUGGCAUAAGAACUACAACCUUCACAAGGAACUCCUUGAUCUAUAUCACCAAGAAUUUAUGGCUUUAUCUAUAAAACUUAUGAUACUGAAGGCUUUAGAUUCGUAUCUUUUGCACAAAUUUGCCAUAGAAAAGUUUUUAAUGGGAAACGUAUCCAAUCAUAGUUUACAGAAUGGAUACACAGACAAUAUUGCUUUGAAACAGGCAAAUGGAUAUAAAAUAAUUGUAGAAGCUAUUGAGAAAAAUCCAUUGGUUAGAAUUAAGUUUGCCCUAAGCUCUAUACUGAAGAAAUUAAAUCUGUAUGAAAUAUUGUUUAAGAUUCACAAUAUUCUUAUUAAGUUGAGAAAUGUGUCACACGAUAUUUCAGCUGAGGAAAUUAAUUUGAUUACCAAAUCUUUGAAUCAGAUUUUGAGCUACUGCAACAAUGAACCUUUUACGAUGUCCCAGCCUAAAAGAUUUUUACCAGUUGCUGCGCAAUUUGAAAUAAUGCGUGCUGAUACCGAUAACGUUUUAGUGCAGUACUUUAAAAUGUUCAAUCUGCUACAGUGUUUUGUGCUGCUCCUCACCUAUCCAAGCACACUAAAUUUACCACCUAUAAAAACACCAAUAUUUGAAAUAGUCUCAGUAUUGUUGGAUACUUCAGAAGGUUUACAAUACCUCUCUGAAAAUAGCCAAACAGUAAAUGUUUUGCUGAAAUGUUUGGUAAGGACCGACGAGGAAAUACAGUACAGUCUUAGUGACUGUAUUGAAGUGAAAUCUCAUAAUCUAGGCUUAAGAAUAGCCUACAAACUCCAAAGUUUAUAUCACAUCGAGUGUUUGCUAGAUAUUGGCGAAAAACACAACUUUGACGUCGAUGCUCUUCCAGUGAUUGAUCAGUUGCAUGGUUUACUAUGUCUGACUUUUUCUAACGUCGGUAAAUUUUCAGUGAGCGAAAUGCUGGGUAUGAAAGAGAAUUCAAAGUGCUUGCUGCAAUUUUUCGAAACUGUAAACUCGAAAUCUGAGUCAUAUUUAGCGAAAAUUAAAAAAUCCACUGGAGCAGCCUACGUGUUAGACCUUCUCCAUUACACCGUUGUCAUUGUAUCUAAUAUAAAAUUCAUCGAAAAACAUAACAAAAACAUACAUUUUAUUUUAAAUAUUUUGUAUGAUGACGUUUCAGCUUUGAAAAUAAACGAGGCUAGGUCAUACCUAACUCCAUUUGAAUGUGUCAACGUGUUGAAUUAUGACAAUAUAGCUCCUUUUAUCGAGAUCAUCGAUAAACAAAUUGAAAAUAUAAUUUCUCAUCCUGGACCAAUGAUAACCAGUCUAAGAAUAUUACAUUAUCUAGGUAUCUCACCUUACCAAAAUAAAGAGCACAUAGGAUUGGAAAAUCCUUUAUCAAAUUAUGUUGAAUUAAAGUAUAAACAUGUUAUUUUACAACUAUUUUCGCUAGAUGGAACUAGCUUGUUGGUGAAAGUAUUACAAAAGAUUUGCAAUCACUAUGAACAGCCUGGUUUGCACAGUUCAAUUUUAGUAUCAAACCAAGGAUUGUCCUUGGUUAAUAUAAUUUAUCCCGCUGUUAUUCUACUGAAACAAAUGUUAGGUUAUGUCGUGCAGUGCAGAAACACAGAUUUCCGCGAUUUAACAACAAUACCGGUGUUGUUACAAACCUACAAUUUUUUAAAUAGUUAUCCCAUGACUGCAAGCGGUUAUGAGAUCGCCAACAAAAGUAAAAUAGCGAUAGUCGAUACUCUGCUGGUGUAUACUCAGCCUAUUUCUGCCGAAGUCCGCGAAAAAGAUUCUUUAAAUAAGACGUUAUGGUCUCAGAUGUGCGGGGAAGUGAUUAAAUUUGUUACGUCAGCACCGUAUACCUUCGUAUCCGGCCUGUUAAUUUUAUCGGAAUUGUUACCUUUACCCUUACCCAUUCACACUCGCGAUGACUUGAGCAAAGAAGAAAUUUCUUGGGCGAUAAAUUUACGCAAGCUCUGGUCUGCGCAUCUCCAUCCUUACAACACAGCUAUUCAGGAAAUGAUCAACAGGAUUUGUAUAUCUACGCAGCCGCAGUUGUUAAACUUACUUCGCAGGAUCUGCGUACAGAUAUCGGAUUUAGCUGCAAAUUCUGCGCUUAUGGUAGCUAAGGGUAUGCUAGACACUGUGUAUCGGGCUGUAUUAACUAAAGAAGACGCUCCUUGUUCCAGUCAUAUUGCUAGAUUGCUUAAUUUUCUGGCUUGUUUGGUGACGCAUAAUACUAUAAAAAGUGCAGUACUGCACUUGAUCCAUACGAACUCUAACGUUACUGGAAAGACUGAGGACAAGUACUCUUCGUUAAUACCGGCAUUUUCGAACAUUCUAAGACUCAGCGAUGCAGCGAACAGUCAUAUACAGGCGCAGGAGUGUAUUUUGAGCAUUAUCCAGAGUUUUUGUGAUGUCGAAAUCACGUUAAUGCAAUGUUCAAUCGACGGAACCUCGAAUGUUAGUUCUGAAGUAUAUUUAGCCAACGCCAUGCCCGCUAAAGAGCACUUACUCAGUUUUAUAGUCGUAAUUCUUGACCAUUUAGGUUCAGAAAAUUCUUUUGUGACUUAUUUACCCAUAGUGCGCACCCUGUUACUUCUGACUGAACAUGAUUAUGGGUUUUACCAUUUGAGAGAGGAUCUUCUGAAAAGGGACAAACUGUUCCUGAUAAUGUUGACGAGACUUUGUAAAAACUUUUCGAAAACUAGUGCGGAAUGUUUGUCGACAUUGAACACUCUGGUAGAGUUUUUGAGGGUGUGUCUGACGACUGAAGAAGGAGACACAACGUUGCCGUACACUCCUAGAACUAUUAAGUUGGGACUGGAAGACAUAAAGAAUCUCAUUGGAUGGGAAGGGGAUAAGGUUGAUGAAAAUGGAGGUAAACAUCCGUUUUUGCAGCUGGAGGAGGUUCUUAAAAAAGAGACGGAAGAAGAUACGAACUUCGAAACGAUUUUAGAAGGUUUAACUUUAUUUUUGAAGCAGUUACAAAGCACAGAAGAGCCUCUUAAAGACUCGUUUGAAGAGGUUAUAAUUCCGGCUCCUGAUCCCCUUUUGACUCAGUACGCCUGUAGAAUCAUCUAUAGUUCGUCGGAUGCUUGCGAUGAGAGAUUGACUGAUCGUUAUUGGCUGGCAGUGCCGUCUGAUGAAGGAGAGGGAGAACAACUCGAAACUGUACCUUGCGAUUUAUUUGAAAUAUGUCGACAGCUUCCACCCGAAUUUAAUUUAAUCAAAGAAGUAGAAAAACUGUGCCGCAUAUCUAGAACAGAGACCUCUAUCAAUGACAGCAUCAACAAGAACACUGAAGAACAAAGAACAAAGACCAGAAAACCUUUCAUUACACCGAUGCGGCCGCGAGGUUUUCCAAGAACUGCACCGCAACGACCUGAUUUGUUUAGAUCGCGACCUCCCAACACAUCCAGACCUCCUUCGUUACAUGUUGAUGAUUUUGUAGCUUUGGAAACAUGUGGAGCUCAACCCACUGGCCCUACAGGUUAUAACAAAAUAAGCAGGGAGAUACUGGCAUCCACCCGCAUGGCGCGUGGUUCAAGAGGAAGAGCCUUUGUCACUUCUGAAAGAAGUAUGCAGUACAAUAGGCAAAUGCCAUGGUGGGGUGCUCCACUAGGAAGAAGUCCGUAUUUUUAAGUAUUAAAAUGUGAAUAAUAUAUACCUAUGUAAUAGAAUUAAUUAAAA